AUGAAAAACAUUCCUACUACUCAACAACAUGCAGAAAAUAUUAUGAAAUUAGAAGAAAAAUGGAAAUAUAGAAAAAUCCCACUUCCUACAGAAGAUAAAAUGGUUAUGUUAAGAUUGAGAGAAUUAGGAGAACCAAUUAUGUUAUUUGGAGAAGAAUUUGAGAGUAGAAGAGAGAGACUGAGAGAUGCAUUAGCUAAAGUUGGUUCUGACCAAGGAUUUCCACAAUGUGCACUUACAGAAGAAAAAACCGACCAACUAAUAACUAAAUUACAUUAUACUGAUGGUGGAGAAGAAUUAAUUGGAAUAAGAAGAUGGUUGUUAGUUGAUAGUUUACUUAGAGCUAAGUCAAGAACGAAAGAAGAAAUUCAUUAUGUUCAACACAAAUAUGAGUCAAUACAUAAUGUUGGUUCAAUGAUUGGAGAUGAAUAUAGAGUUUUACGAUGUAAAGUAGGAAGAAAAAGUGUUAUCACAGGGGGUGCAGAUGGGAAAGUCAGAGUAUGGGAUUUAAGUGAUUGUUCAAAAAUAAGAGAAACGAGUGUUGAAGGACAAAUUUAUUCAUUAAAUUUUUCACCUAUUGAAGAAGCACCAAUUGAUUUUGUUGUAGGAACAUCACAAGGGUAUGUCAAAUUAUUUGCAAAAAAUGAAGAACAACCACUUGGUAUUCAAAGUCAUACUGAUAGAGUGAAUGCGGUAGAAUUUCAUCAAUCAGGAAGAUUUUUACUAACAGGGUCUCAUGAUUCAAUGAUAAAAUUAUGGGAUUUAGAGAAUGGAGGAUGUGUAUUAAAACAAACUGGACAUAGUGGUUCUGUAAGAUGUAUUGGAUGGCAACGAGAUGGUGGGAUAUUUGCAUCAGGAGGAAAUGAUCGUAUUGUUCAUUUAUUUGAUGUUCGAAAUGGUAAACAAAUAGGAAAGUAUGAAGGACAUGCAUCUACAAUAACUAGUCUAGACUGGCAUUGUAAUGGAGGAGUAUUAGUCACAGCAUCUGAUGAUAAUACAGUAAAAUUAUGGGAUAUUCGAAUGGAAAGAUGUGGAUAUACUAUUCCAGCACAUAGUACUAUUGUCACAGCCGUAAAAUUAAGUCAUCAAGGAGAUUUAUUACUAACAAGUAGUUUUGACCAUUCCAUUAAACUUUGGUCAUUAAAAAAUUGGAAUUGGAAAUUGGUAUGUAAAUAUGAAGAACAUUCAAAGCCAGUUGUAGAUGUAGAUUGGUUAGAGGAUGAUGAAGGAUUUAUUUCGUGUGGUUUUGAUAAAACAUGGAAAAUAUAUAAGACUGAAGAAUGA